AUACAACAAUUAAAAUAUUUAUUCUCCCUUCCACCAAAAAAAAACAGGAUUUUUCAUAUGGAGGUCUUGGUGAUAAAACGCACAGUACAGAUUUAAGUUGUGGCAAAUCAGAAGCCUCAGUUGAUUCUAUAACCGAAGGUGAUAGACGCGCUUUAAUGGGUGGUGAUUUACCCGCCUCUAGCACAUAUUCGGGAGCUUUGUCUUAUCACUAUCCACAGGCUGGUUUAAUACGCCGCAGCUUGCCUAAUAUGGCCCAUUCGAUGUUGGUUCACGAGCCGGCUAAAAUUUAUCCUUAUCAUUUGCUUGUUAUCACAAACUAUCGUUUGCCUUCAGAUGUUGAUCGCUGCAAUUUAGAGCGCCAUUUAUCAGAUGUUGAAUUUGAACACAUUUUACAAUGUACCAGAGCCGAUUUCUACAGAUUCCCUCAAUGGCGACGAAAUGAAUUGAAACGACGUGUAAAACUAUUCUAAAUCAAAAGAAAUUGCUUAAAAAAACACAACACAACGCGUACACACAAUAUAAUUGAGAAAUAUUAAAAGGGUUUUUAGUUUUUUUGUAAGCCUAAAAGCAGUUUUGAAAGAAAAACUGUGAAAAUUGAUACCAAAACAAAUAUAUAUUUUUUCUAAAAACUAUUUAUUUUGCAAAAACUUCUAAAAAAAAAAGCAAAACAAAAACACGUUAAAUGUUAAAACAGCUUUAGUAAAAAAACCAACAACAACCAAAAAAUAAAAAAAAAAAAAAAAAAUAAAAAUCUAAAAUAUUUAAACACUACCAAUACACCACAAAACAAAAAAAAAAAAACAAAAUAAAUUUUAAUUAUAAAAGAAAUCCCUCACCCUAUAUACACCCUACUCUGAAAUCAUCACGUAUGCAGCUAGAGUUUUUAUUUAUAGAUAAAAAUUAAAAAAUUAAACACUUAAAUUGGCUUGUUUUUCCUCCAGAGAAA